GACGAAAAGAAAAUGUUAGUUCUAGACCAAAAAAGAUAUGGGAAGAUAAUGCCUUUAUGGCAGUGGAAUAAGAGAAAAGCAUACAUUUUAUUUCAAUUGAUAAAAGUUUUAAGGUUUUAACCCUGAUAUGUGCCAGGGCUCAGCCACAAAUGGCUGAGGAAAAGAGGAGGAUGACCAAAGUUUUAAAAAAUAGCCAAACGUUUCUAAAAAGUGCAUUCUGGAUUGAAGUGCAUAGGAUUUUUUGGAGAUGUGUGUGUGUGUGUGUGUGUCUUUACAGGCCACCAGGAAAUAAAAGUCAAACUGUGGUUGGUUGCUUUACAUGUCAGUCGGACGUCCUCCUGGCCGGUCUUUGGCCAAUGAAAGCUGCUUUGAAGUCCAGACUUUGAGACAAACAGCACAUGUGACAGACAUCGGUCAGAGCAAACUCACUUCAUCUGCUGGAUUAGGCUACAUUUUUCCUCUGCUUAUAACAAGAAUUUGUGUAACAACAUGAGAAUCACACAGCUUCACAUCUAUCUGCUCGUAUGGCUUCAAGCUGCGGAGACUUUGGAUCAACUCACAGAUUUGGGACAGAAUGUGUCUAUAAACUGUGAUCUGGAUAGAGAAGAGAUUUAUUGGUUAUUACUGAAAACAGCAGAUCCUCCUAUGAUGAUAUUACGCACUUUAUCAUCAAAACCUUUGUUCUUCAACAAAACAUUCAGACACAAAUAUUCACUUCAAUCUAAAAAUCAUCUGUUUAUAAAUAACAUCACUAUUGAUGAAUUAGGAGUUUAUUACUGUAUGAAGAAAGAUACACCUCCAAAAUUCAGCAGUGGCACCAGACUACAUGUAAAGGAGCCAACAGAAAGCCCAAACCAAGAAACUUGUAUACAGCAAACUGAUACAGUAGUGAAAUAUAUUGAACAAAAUGAGAACAGAGUCACGCCGUGGCAGAUUCUUACCAUCAUACUUGGUCUGCUGAAUGGUGUUUUGUUAAUUGUGAUCAUAGGACUAUUAAAGGUUUUCAUUGUUGGAAGUAAAAGAUUUGAAGAUUGUUCACAACAACUUCAUGACACUGAACUACAGCAGGUGACCUACAGAUGUUUAUCAGCGAGUCACAAACCAGUUACAGUAUACAGAAGUGAACUUUUUAAAGCUGCAUAAAAGUCUCUGCAAAACAAAUCCAGUAUAGUUUCUGUGUUGAUCUAAUGCUGCCAUCUCACAGUUUACACGAGCUGUUAUUGAUACUUUAUUAUAUCACACCACUCAUUUACUAAUGUCUGUAGUUUGUAUUCUUUACACGAGUGUUUCUGUAAUAGGGGACAUUGUGUGAGCAGAUCAAAAAAUGUAACGUUUCAAGAUAAAUGCAAAAUGUCUAUAAGUGAUGAGACUGAAGUACUGUACAUGUAGUGUAGUUUUAACACAAGUCUUCUUGGUUAACAAUCAUUCUUACUUGAUUUGGCAACAACAUGUAACAACCAGCCAUAAUGCAGCUGCAGAGUUGUAGUUCAGUUUAACCUUAACAUCCACUCAGAUGUUGUAAAAAAGUUAUUAAUUGUGAAUAGGGUGUUAUGAAUACUGGUAAUGCCAAAAUGUGUACACUGCCAAAAACUAAUCUCUUACUUAGUAUUUUUUGUCUCAAAAUCAAGAUGCAUUUUCUUGAUGAGUUAAAUGACCUACAAAAAUAAGUCACGUUUUUAGGAAAAAUAUGUCAAAAUUAAGUUCAUUUGUGCUUAAAACAAGCAAAAAUAUCUG